AUGCAGCAAUCAUCUUCGUCUCCAUCGGCAGCCACGGCCGCUGCAACGCCAACUCCGAACGAUCCAGAUCUCGCCAACCCGAGUCAUCAAGAGACAGUCGAUUUUCAUGCAGCAACCUUGCUCAACGAACUGCCUAUGCCUCCAGUACUACAGCGUUCAGCGGAGGUUGUAGAUCUACAGGACGACUACCUUUCCGAUGACGAUGAACAACCUCAGGUCCGAAGCAGUCUAAGGUUAGGCUACAAUCCCGGCAGUGCCCAUACCGCAGAGUCGUUUUCCCCAUCAAGAUCUGCCUGGCCAUCGAAUGGUCUCCCUCGCUCGGGAAUCAAUCAGCCGAACGGUCUCCCUGACUUCCGGUUUAGCAAUCGGGAGGAGCUGGACAGGGCAUACCGCGCUUUGUGUAAUGUACCGCAGGUUGCUCCGCUGACUGGACCAGCCUAUGACCCACCAUGGGGCGUGGUUCAGGGUUCCGCGAUUGUCCCGCACAAUGGACCGGCUUACAACUCGUCGUGGGGUGCGUUUCAGGCGCCAGCACCAUCUGGUUCGCAAUCAAUAUUUCACGGCCUCCCAAACCGCAACAUCUUUCACCAAAGUCCGGCCGCUCGACAUGAUGCGCCGAUUGCCUUCCCGCAAACUGCUCUGGCCUACAACCCACCCUGGAGUGCGUCUCAGACAAUUUCACCAGCAGCAUCGCGAAUCCCUUCCCCAGCCCCCCUAAACCGCAGCAACCUUAUCCAAGAGUCGGCCGCGAAAGAGGAAGCGCCGAGCCCGGACGUAAGUGAACACCCAGACGGAGGUGUGCAACCAAUCUCCCUCAGCCCGCCGGAAGAAGCAGCCGCUCCCGCUGGAACUGAAGAGCAGGUGCCCGGCGCACGAAACCGUGCUCAAAAAGACCCUACGAAACACGAAGCAGACCAAUAUUACGGAAAUUGGCGUCCCUUAGAAAAUGUCGCCGGCCCGCUGUCGGCAGCCUACACCGACACCACCGGCAGCGGGCCCAAGCAAGUCUUCGCGACCCACAACGGCCAGCCCGGCGUGUUCUGGGUCGACGUGCCAGCCCAGAAGGCCGUCUUUCUCAGCCAAUCUGCGCCGGACAAGCCGCUGCGGUACACUCUGAUCCGCAUCACGAGCUACCCUCACCAAACCAAGAUGCACCUCAAGCUCCGUUUGCCACCGGGGGUCCCGGCGCAACGUGGCGCGCACGCCUUGCACCAAGCCGCUGAAAUCGGCUGUUGGAUCAAAUUCCGGGCUGCGAUGCAGGAGUGCACGAACCUUUGGGAUCCGGAGGAUAAGCACACUGGGCCGUUGGUGCAUAGGCAGUGGUACUACAGGAUUGAUGAGAAGCAGCCGGAGCUGAUGGAUGUGGUACGGCAGAUGGUGGCGUGCACGAGGAUCCGUCCUAAGAAGAAGUGA